AUGAGGUUCAUCAGCAAAUUUUGUCAUCGGAAGAAAAUAUCGAUUGUAUUGAUCCUGUCUGUGAUUGGAUUAUGGUUAAGUUCAACACGACGUUCGACAGACAUUUGGUCGGAAGCGAUGGAGGACAAGAUGGCAGAGAUGACGUACACACUCCAAGGCUAUAACGAAACUAUCGGUGUCCCUAACGAGCAUCAGACGGGCAUCACAAAAAUAAAUGAUAAAUAUACUCCAGUUACAAAGAUUUUAAUUCUGACCUAUAUGAGAAGCGGAUCUUCUUUCGUAGCCGAGUCAUUACAACAGGGAUAUACUAAUACCUUCUACAGCUUCGAGCCGUUCUGGGAAAUUUACAAAAAAGGAUAUAUAACACCGGAUAAGGUUUGCAAAAGAACUAAUAGAUGUAGUAUGAUUUCCAAUCCGCUUCAGCAACCGGGAACGGCGAUCUCAAUUCUGAAAGAUAUAUUUGAAUGCAAAUUAGACUCGCUGCCUGAUGAAGUGCUUCACUCUUUCUCGAAAUUUGAACAGCUUGCUGAUCAUAAAAGACUUGAAAAUUGCUUCCCCAUACUAAAGAAACAUAGAAAUGGAAAAUUAAAACAGAAAACUAUCGAGCGCAUGUCCAAAACCAGAUCAAAAUGCAUUUCAUAUCUUGAAAACAAAUGUCGGUCUUCAGCACAACGGAUAGUCAAAUCUAUUCGUAUAUCGUUCCAACUAGCAAAAGAUAUCUUUAAAAAUAUCAAACAUUUAAAAGUGAUUCAUUUAAUACGUGACCCAAGAGCAAUUUUACAAUCCCGGCGAAGUUUGGGUGAAAUCAGCUCUGAGGGAUUUGUCCCAAAUACAAAACAACUGUGUCACCGAAUGUCACGUGAUAUUGACGAAGCUGAAGCCCUGCUGGAUUCGUACCCAGAUCGGGUUUUUCCUUUACGAUACGAAUGCCUUGCUGAAAAACCAGAGAGUGUUUUACGUAAAAUUUACAGAGAUAUGUUGUUGCCGUUUAAUUCUAAAACAGAAGAAUGGAUUGAGUCAUUCGCGAAAGGAAAGAUGAAAGCGACACGAAAUAGUACACAUAACGUCAAUUACACAACAGAAAUGUCGCUGAUUUCAACGAGCAUUCAAAAUGAAAAGAUGGAAAAUCUGCUGACAUCACUUGAGGAAAUGGAAGCGAGUGAACGCGAGAACAUCAAAACAGGAUACAAUGUUUUCAAAGCUAAUUCCUUACACAUAUCGCGUGGCUGGCGUCAUAAUAUACCAUACAGUGACGUCACGCUGAUUGAUGACUUAUGUAGUGAUCUAUACGGUAGAAUGGGCGCACGUGCUUUUAAAUCGAAAUUAGAGUUAGAAGAUUUAAAGCAGAGUGACCGAUACAGUACCGCUUAUACUGACAGGUAUUGUACAAAUCUAUUGAAUUGA